CUGUUAACUGGUUAAAUGAAAUGUUUAACCGGUUCACCGUUAUCCCUGUGUGUGGGGGCUACUUUGGUCAAGUGCAUGCAAGUUCAGUUACGGAGUGAAGGCAACAUGUUUUAUAUGCAUUUGCUUAUGAACAAGCGUGGGCCAUUGGCCAAAAUAUGGCUUGCUGCUCACUGGGAGAAGAAGGUCACAAAAACACACAUAUUUGAAUGUAAUUUGGAGACUACUAUUGAAAAGAUCAUUUCACCAGGGGUUAAAAUUGCUCUGCGCACGUCAGGACACUUGCUUUUGGGAGUGGUGCGAAUAUAUCAUAGGAAAGUAAAGUAUCUCUUGGCAGACUGCAAUGAAGCUUUAGUGAAAAUGAAGAUGGCCUUUCGUCCAGGACUUAUUGAUUUUCCAAAAGAGUGCUUUGAAGCUGCUUAUAAUUCUAUUACAUUGCCUGAAGAAUUUCCUGAUUUUGACACACAGCUGCCUGACUUGAGUGCCAUUGAUGUUGCUGAACAUUUUACUUUGAAUCAGAGCAGACGUGAAGACAUCACACUUCCAGAGGAUUACGGAAGGACCAUAUUUCCCAGUGAUGGGAAUUUUGGUGUGGAGACCGAAAUAUUAAGAGGACAUAGCUUCUUCAGUGAUGACAUAUUGAUGAGUACUAAUAGUCUCUUGCCUGAUCAGAGCUCAUUGAGCCUCAGUGGAGACAAAGCUGUACUAUGUGACAACACGCAUGGAUUCCUACACGAUGGUUUUGGAGACGAAGAUGUUCCUGGGGAUAUGAUUGAAAAUCUGCUAAGAACAGACGAAAAUAGACGAACUUAUGACAUUCUUGAUAUGGAGGAAGAAUUUCCUUUGUCACAAGAGCUUCCUAAUGAUAAGGCAGUGGUGGAUUCCAGCCACGUAGGUUCUAUGCUUCCAGAAGAAAGCCACCAGAUGAAUGAAACUACACUGUUGAUCAAUGAAAAAGAAGGAUUUGUACUUGAACCAGUUGAUGCAACAGGGAGAAGCAGCUUUAAAAGGAAGAGGAAGUUGGUUGUUGAUGUAGAGAAGGAGCUCAGCAGCAGUUCUAUUUACGAACAGCUUAACAACUACGAGGAUACUCUUACUAAGUUGGAUCUUGCACCCCCCACAAGAAAGUUGAUGAUGUGGGAGAAGUCAGGAGGAGUGGAUAAACUUCUAUCCCGUACUACACAGCCUUUGAUUAAUGCUGAGCUGCAAAUGUUGUUUACAAAUUGCUUUAAAUAUCAUGGCUUUAAGAGUGGAAGAAAAGGUAUGCAGAUGGAGUCUGACCCUGAAGAAACAAGAAAAGAGACCGAGACUACAGAGAUGUUGAUAACAGAAGAGUUAAGUUACCCACAAGAGUCAAUUCAUACAGAAACUGAGAGAUCUAUUACCGAUGAUUCAAUUGUGUUGGCAGCAGCCAGUGGCAGAUCUGUGGAUUCUAAUAAAAUUGAUGAAGCUAUAGAGCUGGUUAAAAAUGAUCAAGACAGUGAAGAAAGAAGGUUGCGCAAAAGAACUCUUAAAAUAUUGAACACAUUACGGUACAUCAGCAAAUCAGGAGAAAGUUCUGUCAGUUUUCGGGAGCUCUGUAAGAAUAAUGACCGGAAGCAAGUUGCAGCCAAGUUUUAUAGCUUCCUUGUUCUAAAGAAACAGCUGGCUAUUGAGCUUACUCAGCGUGCUCCCUAUGCUGAUAUUGUAGCAACUGUGGGUCCAAAGUUCCAUACUAUCUGAGCACUAGCACUGACCGUGCAUUCAGAGCCAUCCGUCCAUUCAGAGACAACUGUGCUCUGAAUUUUUGAAAAAUUAUUUUUUCCAUAGAAAUAUUUGUUAAUAUUAUCAAUUGUUAAAUAUUUUGUAGAGUGAAGAACUAAAAAUAAGCAUUUCACACAAGUAAAUUUGGUAUUUAAUAUUAAAUGUGUUUAAAAAAACUCAAUGAAAAUUCAGUAAAACCAGUCUAGAGUUAUGACUAACACUAUUUUAAAAAAUUAAGCCAGAAUUGUUUGCACUGGGUAUUUUUUCAAAAACACCUUAUUACAUAUUUGAUCCAGGUGUCACAGGGUACACGAAUAGAUUUGACUAUUUCCUUUGGCAUUGUAAGGUUGUAGAAGUGAGAUGCAAAUGUCCAUAUGCAAUGUCCAUGAAAGCCUACUGACCAAUGUAAACAUUCAGCUUACGUAGAUCUUGGAAAACUUACAGCUUUUCAUAUGCCAGGGUACCUCCUAUUUAUUUCCUAACUGAAAGGCAUGUGUAUUUAACUUAAUUUUUAUUGGAUAACACCACUUAAGCAUAUUUUGCUACUUUGUGAUGUUACCCUUUAAAUGGUCUUAAUCAGAAACAUGAAAGUCUAUUCUAAAAUUAUAACUUUUUUCUUACAAGGAGAGUUCAAACUUUGUAUUUUAAACUCUAGCAAUAGAUUUUCAAAUACUGCUGACAGUGUCUCUUACUCUGAACAUUAAAAGUUCCAUUUUCUAUUAUUCUGCUGGUUCUUUAGGGCUUUGUAGAGAAGUUAUUCCAGCCUCAAAAUAUUCACAUAACAUCAGGAAGACACGUUAAACUAAGAAAUAUUGCUCAGUAUUUUUCUAAAGACUACGUUUAAAAAAUCAUUCUUUAAAUUCUGUUAUAUUUAUGUAUAACUCAGUACAUUAUUAUACUUUUCCUUCCUUUUCUCCUAGAAUGUUCUGUCAUUUCUAUUUCAAUUUAAAUUGGUGAUUUCUGCAUUGAGAAAUUAGUUAUCUUAUGUAUACUGAAAUGUGAGAUGGUAAUGUACAUUACAAUUUUUUAACAAAGUGCUGAUGUAUUUUAUGUGCAAACCAUUGAAAUUAAAUUAAAAAGUAGAAG